AUGACACCAGAACGCUUUGGGUACUUACUGAGUUUGGUUGGACCGCGAGUUACCAAAACAAACACAAGGAUGAGAGAGGCUAUCAGUGCAGCUGAAAGACUAACACUGACGCUCCGGUAUUUGGCAAUUGGUGAUGAGCUACAGAGCCUCAGCUUCUCAUAUAGAAUUGGCAGAACAAUUGUGAGUCACAUUAUCAAAGAGACACUCUGUGCUAUUUAGUUGGCAUUUAUGGAUAAAUAUGUAGGCCCACCUAAAUCCACCAGCAACUGGAAGAACAUUUGAAAGGAGGUUAAAUCUACUUGGCAUCUGCCGCACUGUAUUGGGGCAACUGAUGGGAAACAUAUAGCAAUGCAAUGCCCCCAAAACAGUGGUUCUUUGUAUCAAAACUACAAAGGAUGGUUUAGUACUGUACUAUUGGCUGUGUGCGAUGCAAGUUACAACUUUACUUUAGUUGAUAUUGGCCAAUAUGGUAGUACAAAUGACAGCAGUGUGCCUAAUAACUUUGAAAUGGGAAAAGCCUUUGAGGUUGGGUCCAUAUCAAUACCUGAGCCAGACCGUCUUCUGGGAUGCAACCUAUCUCUUGUUCCCUAUUUCCUGGUAGGUGAUGAAAUCUUUGUGCUUAAACCCUGGCUGUUGCCUCCCUAUCCAGGGAAGAAUAUUAAAGAGGAGCAAAUUAUAUUCAAUUAUUGUUUGUCUGGAGCAAGGAGAGUAAUUUAGAACUGCUUUGGGAUCCUUGUGGCAAGAUGGAGGAUCUUUCGUAGAGCAAUUCAAGUGAAAGUUGACACAGUGCAGAAAAUUGUACAAGCAAGCGUUGCUUUGCACAAUUAUCUCAGACAGACAGAUACUGCUUGUUACUGCCCAGCUGGCUUCGUGGACAGCUUUGAUGGCUCAGAAAAUACUCUACCAGGAGAGUGGCGCAAAAUCACUUCAGCUGAUGAAGGGUCUGGUGCUCUUUGCAGCUUACCCUCCACAAGAGGCUUAAGAUAUCGCAAUUAUGCUAUGGAAGUGAGAGAGGCCUGGAAAGCUUAUGUUAACUCAGAACAAGGUGCAGUUUCCUGGCAAUGGGAAUACAUACGUUGA